GUUGGGGAUUUUUGUAAGGCGGCUUCUGGAACCAACCAAGAAUGUGAUACCUGCUUCUCUGCAAAGUGAAGUAGUGCAUCACUAUGAGUGGUGAAGCAAGGAAUGUAGCAGUCGAGGAAUCCAAGGUUGGAUCACAGAAUUCAGAUGACACUCUUGUAGUGCUUGAGUUCUCACCUAAAGCUCCAGCUGAGACUAAAGAAUGGCUGACGGCACUUAUCAAAGCUCCAGUCAGUAGUGGAGGAGCUGGAUUCAAAGUCAAGUUGGUUCCAAAUUCCUUAAAGAAUUGCGACACUCUGCACAUUUCCGCUGAUACCAAGCGUCUUCUUGUUGGUGCUGAGAAACUCAAACUUAAAAGGUGCCUCAAGAACGGAGCUGCCGUUGACUUCUGCGUAGAAUUGUGUCACGAGUUUAAAGACUUUGCUAAUGAUGGUGAAGGCUUUUUUUCCAAGAGGGAGUGUGAGCACAUUGUGUUUCUGGGGUUAGAGCACAUAAAGCCGCAUGAAGAUGGAACUGUUCCUGGUUAUCCUGAUGUAAAACUUUAUAGAAACAGAGCCACCAUUCCAAGGUGUGUCUCCAGUGGAGUUGUUACUCAGAUCUUUCCUCUGCAUGAUCCUGACAAACUCAAAGCUCUGGAGCAUAAGUGGUAUCUUAGCUUCUCUAGGAAACAACCUCUAGAUGACAUACGAGAGUACUUUGGAGACACUAUAGCAAUGUACUUUGGCUUCUUGGGUUUCUACUCAUUGUCGCUUGUUCCACCAGUUCUCCUGGUUGUUGUGUUUGCUUUGUCUGGAGCACAUGAGCAGACCAAAAAUACAGUGUUUGCUAUUUUGAAUCUAGUCUGGGGAACUGUGUUCUUAGAAGCAUGGAAACGACGCUGUUCUGAAAUCUCGUUCAAGUGGGGCACUCUUAAGGCAGGCAUAGGUACAGAAGAAGUUGAGGAGCCACGCUCGACUUACUGGGGUGAGAAGCGCAUAAGCCCCAUCACAGGGCAACAGGAGUACUAUUACCCACCAUGGAAAAGAAAGGUCAAAACAUAUGGUGUCUCAUAUCCCAUUGUGUUUUUGUGCAUGUGGGUGGCCACAGCAGUUGUACUUUUAUAUUUUCGCUUUCUUGAUGCCAUUGAGACCAAGUACGCCAAUGCUAGUGGAAUUGUUGCCACUGUCAUGCUGCUGUUACCAAGUAUUAUCUAUGCAGUGGCGAUUGCUGUGAUGAAUAACCUGUACCUCAGGCUGGCAACAUUCCUGACUCAAUGGGAAAAUCAUCGGAUAGAGUCUGCUUAUAACAACCACCUGAUUGUUAAACUGGUUCUUUUCUAUUUUGUGAACUGUUUCUACUCACUUUUCUACAUUGCAUUUUACCUACAAGACAUUGAACUUUUACGUAGGCACCUGGGUGCUCUGAUGAUCACGUCCCAGCUGAUUGGGCAAGUCACAGAGUCACUUAUUCCUUACAUCAUGUACAGAAGUCGCAUCACCAAAGUCGCCAAGGAGGGAAAGAAGAUUGUGAUGAAGACAGCUGACUUGUCAGAUGACAUUGAACGGCAGGGAACUCAGGAAAAGUACUUAGGCACAUUUGACGACUAUCUGGAGCUGUUCCUUCAGUUUGGUUACACGUUCCUGUUCUCGUCUGCCUAUCCUAUGGCCGCCUUCUGGGCGUUGCUUAACAAUGUGAUAGAGAUACGAACAGAUGCUUUCAAGAUGUGCCGCAUUUUCCAGCGGCCUUUUGCGCAACCCGCCAACUCUAUUGGUGCUUGGCAGGCGGCGUUCGAAGCGCUUGGCGUUGUUGCCGUCAUUACAAACUGUGCGUUGAUUGGCUUGGCAGCAAAGAGUGCUGAUUGGCUGCCAGAAAUGACACCUGUCAAUGCUGUUUUGAUGUUUGUGGCCAUUGAGCACUUUCUUCUGGGAGUGAAGUUAGUCCUCUCGCAUGUGAUCCCGGAUGUCCCACAGUGGGUACAAGAUGAAAUGGCCCGACAGCAGUACAAGGCUCAGCUCGCACUCAGGGCUCAGAGUGAGAAUUUGGAGGCUCGGCAAAGCGCAUGGAAGGAGACAAUGCUAUAACUAAAGGAGUUUAACGUGGAUAUCUUUAGCGGCUAGCAUUAAAUUGUGUUACGUUAGGCAGGUAGGCAACGGUUAGUGUGUGGUGUAUGUAUCCUGUAAUGUCGCGUGUUUUUACAGCGUGAGAAGCUAUCAUUAUACUGGUCCGAGUCAUGUCUUUGAUUUGCAAGUUAAGCUUUACAAUUUUCCUUGCUUUUGUUCAUAAGGGCCGUGGGAGAAGUUCUGGAAUGAUGAGGUCGUUGUGUAAUGUGUCCUGUAAUUUUUUGUUACCGAGAGUAAAGGAACCUAAAAUUAGUUUAGUGAUUUGCUCACUGUGAGGUGUGUAACUUUAAACAAUGAUUUAAAUGAGGUUUUGUAAUGCAGUGGAAUUAGAAAGUGUAGACUGAUUAGAAUUUUUCAACGUAAUGUUACCGCGUAAAAUACUGGGCAUCAUUAAACAUCUCGAACUCUCAUCACUUGAUCAACCUCGAGUGGUCACGCAACGCUUCUACGUUUCUUGACGCCCCAAAUAACGGCCGAAAUAGGACUGGUGUGGGUCAGUGGACUUUAUUGUUGCAAAUACGAAGCUAGACUGUAUGAUGCAUUUAUUGUUAGAUACAUAGUGAAGUUCCUAUGCAACAGUAUAUAUUAUACUAUCUGUUAAACAUUAACAACGUCAGUUAAAGGGAAAUAAAGACGAGGGUUUUUAAUUA